UGCUUCCUCUCUGUUCUGCCUCCAGCCUCCAUUUGUGGUGACACUGGAUGAGGUGGAGCUGAUACAUUUUGAGCGUGUGCAGUUCCACCUGAAGAACUUUGACAUGGUCAUCGUCUACAAAGACUACAGCAAAAAGGUCACAAUGAUCAACGCCAUUCCUGUGGCUUCACUCGACCCCAUCAAGGAGUGGCUCAACUCUUGUGACAUUAAGUACACAGAAGGAGUACAAUCCCUUAACUGGACCAAAAUCAUGAAAACUAUUGUGGACGACCCAGAAGGCUUCUUUGAGCAAGGGGGCUGGUCAUUCCUCGAGCCCGAAGGAGAGGGAAGUGAUGCUGAGGCCGGGGAGUCGGAAUCUGAGAUUGAGGACGAGACCUUCAACCCUUCUGAGGAAGAGUAUGAAGAUGAGGAGGAGGACAGCGACGAGGACUAUUCUUCUGAGGCAGAGGACUCUGCCGAUUACUCCAAGGAGUCCAUGGGCAGCGAGGAGGAGAGCGGGAAAGAUUGGGACGAGCUGGAGGAAGAAGCGCGGAAAGCUGACCGCGAGAGCCGAUACGAGGAGGAAGAGGAGCGAAGCCGCACCAUCAGCCGGAAGAGGAAGGUCCCAUCAUCAUCGUCCCAGAGUUCGAGGCACCACCGCAGCUCCCACAGUCGCAGCCCCGGCCGAAGCUCGGGCCCCUCCAAGAAGAAGAGGAAGUAAACCGCAAGCCCUUCCCACCCGCCAAUCUUUAGGGGGUUUGGGCUUUCAAGGCCUCAUCCAGCAGCCAACGUUUAGGGCACGAGGGGCAGCCAGCCAGCCCCUCCCCACAAACUUCUCCCCUCUUUCUCUUCACGCACCCUCACCCUCUUCUUCUGUUUCUCUGGGGAGUAUUUUGCUUUUGUUCCUUGAGUCUCUCUUUUUCCCUCUCUGACCAUUUGUACGGACCAAUCAGCUGCGAGAGAAUGCAGGCCCUGCGGUUACGUCAACCACGGAUGCAAACUCUGCCAAGGAGGAAAGGUGGGGGGGGGGAGGCUCAGGAAUCUGGUGUCCGUGAUCUGCCUGUUCCCACCUACCCCUUUUCUGUCACCUGCCCCUUGGCCUCUCCAUUCCCGCUUACAUCUCUUCCCCGACUCUCGGUGUCUUUGUUCUCGGACGGAUUGGGGCAGGGAGGCGCAGGUUGCCCUGAGAUCUACUCCAGAACCAGAGCAUGUACUUCAGCAAAAUGAACUGUGCAACUUUUUGUGGCAUUUUGUGCUGGGGCAAGGGUGGUUGUGUUCCAUGUUUUUGAAGCAGAACCCCCCCCCCCCCCCCGGGUGGUAGAGGAAUCCCACCUUGGAACAGUGACACAGAAGAGGGCAAGAGUUUUUGAACAGGUGGGAGACCAGGGGAACGCAACUGAAUGACAAGGGUUCUUGCUUUCUCUUUUUU